CUGCUUUCCUUGGUUAUGGCGUCCGUGUAUAGCGGGUCCCAUACCUUGAGCAAAGAUGAUGUGAAUUACAGGAUGCAUUUCCGAAUGAUAAACGAGCAGCAGGUUGAAGAUAUCACCAUAGAGUUUUUCUACAGGCCCCACACGAUAACGCUGCUGACAUGCACGGUUCUCAGUUUGAUGUAUUUCGCCUUCACAAGAGAUGAUGGACAUCCUGACAAUAAUCUCUGGGUGGGGCUCAUCCUGGUCAUCUCCUUCUUCCUCAUCAUCAGCGUUUUGGCAUUUCCAAAUGGUCCAUUCACCAGACCACAUCCAGCAAUAUGGCGAAUAGUUUUUGGUCUGAGUGUCCUCUACUUCCUCUUCCUGGUCUUCAUCAUCUUCCUGAACUGGCAGCAGGUAAAGCAGCUAAUGUACUGGUUGGACUCGAAUCUGCGCUAUGCCAAGAGAGAGGCGGACAUAAUGGAAUAUGCUGUGAACUGCCAUGUCAUCACCUGGGAGAGAAUCCUAAGCCAUUUCGACAUCUUUGCAUUCAGCCAUUUUUGGGGUUGGGGUAUGAAAGCCCUGCUCAUUCGAAGCUACGGCCUCUGCUGGACCAUCAGUAUUACCUGGGAGCUGACUGAGCUAUUCUUCAUGCAUCUGCUGCCUAACUUUGCUGAGUGCUGGUGGGACCAGGUGAUUCUGGAUAUCCUGCUGUGCAAUGGAGGUGGCAUCUGGCUUGGCAUGACUGUCUGCCGCUUUCUGGAGAUGAGGACCUACCACUGGGCCAGUAUUAAGGACAUCCACACCACCACAGGGAAGAUCAAACGAGCUGCGUUACAGUUUACCCCAGCUAGUUGGACCUAUGUACGCUGGCUUGACCCCAAGUCUUCCCUGCAGCGAGUGGCAGGCGUCUAUCUCUUCAUGAUCAUCUGGCAGCUAACAGAAUUGAACACCUUCUUCCUCAAACACAUUUUUAUCUUCCCUGCGAGCCACGCUCUUAGCUGGUGUCGGAUCCUGUUCAUUGGUAUCAUCACAGCUCCAACAGUGAGGCAGUAUUACGCGUACCUUACAGACACACAGUGCAAGAGAGUUGGGACCCAGUGCUGGGUGUUUGGAGCAAUAGCCUUCCUGGAGGCCUUGGCAUGUAUUAAGUUUGGACAGGACUUGUUCUCAAAAACACAGAUCCUCUAUGUGAUCCUCUGGCUGGUGUGCUUGGCCUUCAUCACAUUCCUGUGCUUAUAUGGAAUGGUUUGGUAUGCUGAAAAUUAUGGUCCAAGAGAAAAGAGCCUCUCAGAAUGUGAGGACAGUUAUUACACAGACUCUGCUGACCACCUUUCAGAAGGAUUUAAAGGAGAGACAGAGCUGGACGGCGACAGUCCUAUAACCAGACGGAGAGGAAAGGGCUCAGGAAAGACCCAAUCCAUCAAUGGCCUGGACAGCCAGUAGGAAUCAGAGCCAGAGGCUGGUGAGCGACUCCUGAACUCACUCAGAGGAGCCGGGU